CUGGAGGCGCAAUUGCUGCUGCUGGUGGAAUCAAGGCUCAAAAUGGAAAAUUAAUGGAGCUGAAUCCAAAAUCCGGCCAUUAUAAGCCUUCACAACUUCAUUUCGAUGCUAUUGUCAAUCGAUUGAAAAACGAAAAUGUUGAUUUGAGUAAUGCAAAGUUGACUUACCCAAACGAAAGGAUUGAGAAACAUCUAAUCGCCAAAUAUAAAGUCAAACGGUUUGCUGACCUGGCAUUAGUUUAUGAUCAAAUUGUACAUGAUGCUAGUAAUAUGAUCAAUAGAGAAAUUGAUCAUGUAGAUCGUCAUGUUUCAAAAUUUUCGAGCACGUUCAGAAAAAAUGUGAAAUCUUUUACUCAUGAAGUAAAAGUAUCUUUACGAGAGUUGUUUAAUAGAAAGCUUGACAAUGAUAAGGAUGAUCAAAUUGAGGUUCAGGCAUUGAAUACAAACGAUGGUGAUUCCUGUAAAAGUGGCAACAUUUCCAAUGAAUUGCCUGAAGGCAAAAUUGAAUCUAACAUUAUCGAAGAAGAUUCUAAAGUGAAUCAAAGGCGAAAGUCCCACGGGAUCUUUCACGAGUUCCGCAGAAGUAUUUCAUCAAGCAUUUCAUCACUUUCAUCAAUAAUUUUUGGACAAGAUAAUAAGACAGACAAUGACUCGAGCACAGGAAGUAGACGCUCAUCAUUUAGAGAUAGCGGAGAUUAUCACCAAAAAUCACGCUUGAUGAAUUUCAAAUUAGGACAUAGUAAAGAUGGUGAAAAUCCUACCAAAUGA